GUACAAACGACCCAUUCAAUUACAGAGUGAAUUAAAACAAAUAAUUUGUAUGAUUGAUUUUCCUGAACCCCAACCCCGCUCCGUUUCCGAUCAUUUUCAACCCUUCGCUGUGGUCACGACGACCUUUUUAUCUUUAUAUAAAAUCCGAUUUUGAGUGGUGGGCUUUCAUUAUCUCCGCGGAUAUCAUUUCAUUUUCUUCGGAUUUUGUGGAGGUUUUGAUACUGAAAAAUGGGUAGUGCGUCCUCAAUGUUGACUCAGUAUGAUAUUGAAGAAGUUCAAGAACAUUGUGAUCAUCUAUUUACUCAGCAAGAAAUACUGUCCCUGUACAAGAGAUUUUGCCAACUAGAUAGAAAUGCAAAGGGAUUCAUAUCGGCCGACGAAUUCUUGUCUGUACCUGAGUUUGCAAUGAACCCACUUUCUCAGAGGUUGCUUAAGAUGGUGGAUGGAUUGAAUUUCAAAGAUUUUGUUGCAUUUUUGUCUGCUUUCAGCUCAAAAGCAACCGUACCCAAGAAAAUCGAGAUUAUAUUCAGAGUAUACGACUCUGAUUGUGAUGGGAAGGUGGAAUUCAGUGACCUUGUAGAAGUUCUUCAUGAUUUAACUGGCUCAUUUAUGUCCGAAAAGCAACGAGAGCAAGUUUUAACCCAGCUGCUGCAUGAAGCUGGUUACACGAAAGAAUCUUCUCUUCUGUUGGACGACUUCAUUAAGAUAUUGGAACGGCCAGGUCUGAAAAUGGAUGUGGAAAUCCCAGAUGAUUAACCAAACGCAAAACCACCACUAUAUAUGUGCACAAAUUAUAGCAUUUAUACUUGUUAUUUUACCAUUGUGUUGAAAAUUAUGAAAAGAAAAAAUGGAAAUCUCAAUAUUGUUGAUUGUUCUUUAACCAAUAAGUAACAUUUUAUCGUUUUUUUUUUCAUCGAAUAGUCCUCCGAAUUUCGAUCUUUACAAGUUACAAAAUAGAAUGGAAUAUCCUAAAAUGGCAGAACUAAUAAUAAUAUAACCCUGAAUUUAGUACUUUCAGACAAAGAUGCCAUGUGAAG